AUGGCCACGCUCGCAGCAGCUGCUCGCACACCUCCGCGCCAUCGCCACGCUCUGUCGGAUGCCGCCGCCACUCCGCCGCCGCUGCGAGGUGCCUAUUUGCUGCUGCGAGGCGGCGCGGUGAGCGGCACCGACCCGACGGCGGCUACUUUGCUCCUCGUCGCGACGUGGUACGGAUCCUCGGUCUGCAGCAGCCUCCUUGCAUACGAGCUGGUCGCCGCCGCUGGGCCGGAGAUGAUGACGCUCUGCCACUUUGCCGGCUCCGCCUGCUGCGGCGCCGCGGUGCUGCGGCUGGGAGGCCGCAGCGGCAGCAUCGGCUUCGCGUCGCGGAGGCAGCUGGUCGACACUGCGGCGCUCUCCGCCUCCUUCCUCGCCGGCUGCUACACGAUGAACUCCUGCCAGGCGUCAAUGCACCUCUCGCUCGCCCACGCCCUCCGCGCCUUUGAGCCGGUGACGACACUGCUCCUCACCGCCGCCUUCCUGCCUUCGGACACGCCCUCGGCGCGCCGCGCCGCCUGCCUCCUCCCCGUCGCGCUCGGCUGCGCCCUGUCCGCCGCCGGCGCGCACGGGCCCACCGCGCGUUCGCUCGGCCUUGUCACGGCCAGCAACCUCUGCUUCUCGCUGCGCGGCAUCCUCGCGCGGCGCGUCAAGGCGCGGCACGGGACCGGCACCGGGCCGGUCACGAUCCUCGCCGGGCUGCUCGUCGCGCCGGCGGCGCUGACGCGACUCAACUGCGCGGGCGUGGCGCUUGCGUGCGCGGGGGCGGUGGCGUACGGGGUGGUGUGA